UUAAUCAUGGCAUCCGUACAAGUUAGCGAAGCCGAGAAAGUGUAUAUUAUGCAUGGAGUCCGGGAUGAUUUACGAGUGGAUGGACGAGGAUGUGAAGACUACAGGCAUAUGGUGAUCGAGACAGACGUUGUGUCAAAUACAGACGGUUCUGCCAAAGUUAGUCUGGGUCACUCUGAUAUCUUGGUGGGAGUGAAGGCAGAGAUCGGAAAGCCAAGGGCGCUGGUGCCUGAUGAGGGAUACCUGGAGUUCUUUGUUGACUGUUCAGCCAAUGCCACCCCGGAGUUUGAGGGGCGCGGUGGAGAGGAAUUGGGAAUUGACUUGAGUAAUACCUUAUAUAAAGUAUUUAACAACAAGCACAGCAUUGACCUGCGCAGCCUCUGUAUCUGCCCUGGGGAACACUGCUGGGUUCUGUAUGUGGAUGUGUUGCUCCUGCAGUGUGAUGGGAAUCUGUUUGAUGCUAUCUCCAUAGCGAUAAAGGCAGCUCUCUUCAACACAAGAAUUCCCAAAGUGCACAUAUCCGAAGAUGCGGAAGGGGGGAAAGAGAUCGAGCUGUCUGAUGAUCCUUACGACUGUGUGCGGCUCAACGUGGAAAAUGUCCCCUGCAUCGUCACCCUGUGCAAGGUGGGUCAGAGGCACGUGGUGGACGCCACGCUGCAGGAGAAGGCGUGCUCGGUGGCCAGCCUGCUGCUGGCGGUGACACACAAAGGGAUGGUGACCUGUGUGAGGAAGAUGGGAGGGGGCAGUCUGGACCCUGAGAGUAUAUCUGAGAUGACUGAGACGGGGAAACGAGUGGGAAAAGCCCUUCAUGCCCCCCUGAUGGACCUGCUAAAGAAGGAGGAAGGUCUAGGGAAAAACAGACAGAAAGUGGGUUUCCUGAGAUAGCAAA